AUGGAGACUGACUUGGAUGUUGUUAUUGUCGGUGCCGGCAUCUCCGGCAUCAAUGCGGCAUAUCGCAUUCAAUCUCAAUUCCCCAACUAUCGUUACACUAUUCUGGAGGCCCGCGAUGCUCUUGGCGGCACCUGGGAUUUCUUCAAAUAUCCCGGCAUCCGCUCCGACUCCGAUCUCUUCUCCUUCGGCUUCUCGUGGUUUCCCUGGGAUGGUAAUAGUCCCAUCGCCGAGGCCUCCUCCAUCCGCUCAUAUAUGCACCGUGCCACUCACAAAUAUGGCAUCGACAAGAAAAUUCGCUACCAGCACCGGCUACUCGGCGCCGACUGGUCCUCCUCCGACCAGCUCUGGUCCCUGACCGUCGACCAUGACGGGCAAUCACGCGCCCUGACUGCACGGUUCGUCAUUUUCGGCACCGGCUACUACGACUACAGACAACCUCUCGAAGCCGAUAUCCCGAACCUCUCCCGCUUCUCGGGGGAAGUCAUCCAUCCUCAAUUCUGGCCCGAAGACCUUGACUACAGCAACAAGAAGAUCGUAGUCGUCGGCUCCGGUGCCACAGCUAUCACUCUGAUUCCCAAGCUGGCCGAGAAGGCCGCGCAAGUAACCAUGCUGCAGCGCAGCCCAACCUAUAUCCUCUCCCUGCCCAACCGCAACCGCUCGUGGUACAGCUACAUCUUACCCGCCACCAUCUCGCGCCGCAUCCAGCGCAUCACCUGGUUUAUCAGCGGCCACCUCUUCUUCCUCUUCUGCCGAACCUUCCCUACAGUUGCGCGCUUCCUUCUCCGUCUCUCCGUCUCCAGCCAACUCCCCGCCCAUGUCUCCCACUCCCCGCAUUUCAAACCCCGCUACAACCCCUGGGAUCAGCGUCUCUGCAUCUGUCCGGACGGCGACUUCUUCCGCGCCCUGCACACCGGCCACGCCGAUGUGAAAACCGACACCAUCUCCACCGUCACUGAAUCCGGUGUCGAGCUCUCCUCCGGCGACUCCCUCGACGCGGACAUCAUUGUCACAGCCACAGGGCUGAGACUGCUUAUUGCCGGUGGCGCCUCCGUCACGGUCGAUGGUGAACCCAUCCACAUCCCCAGCAAGUUCCUCUGGCAUGGCAUGAUGAUGCAGGAUCUGCCCAAUGCAGCGUUCGUGAUCGGGUACACCAAUGCGUCGUGGACGUUGGGCGCCGACGCUACGGCGUUGUUUAUCUGUCGGCUGUUGAAGCACUUGGAGGCGACUGGUGUGAAGGCGGCUGUUCCACGGUUGCAGCCGGGAGAGGCGGGAAGCUUGAAGGAGCGGCCGCUGUUGAAUUUGAAUUCGACGUAUAUCACCCGCGCGUCGGGGGCGUUGCCCAAGGCGGCAGAUAGGGGGCCGUGGGUGUCAAGGGGAAACUACUUGAAGGACGUGUGGUUUGCGGAACAUGGGGAUUUGGAUGGCUUGGUGUUUGAGGGGGGAAAGAAGCAGUUGUGA